UGGCUCAGUGUUCACGACGGCUAGCCAUUCAAAUGCAAAAAAUGUUCCUAUACUAGUAAAUCGAUGCUAACUAGUCAUUUAAAAAAAACCUCGAAUUUCUAUCCCUACAGAUGCGCAAACUGUAAUUAUAAGACGAAAUUUUGCAAUGCGCUGAAGAAGCACCUACGUAAGAAGGAGCAUCAACCAGCAAUGGUGUUAAACGCCGAUGGCUCGCCUAAUCCCUUGUCCAUCAUCGAUGUCUAUGGUACUAAACGCGGACCCAAGCAAAAGUCAUUCUUGGAAGAACAGGACGAGUUGAGUCAAAGUAUGACGGCUAACAACAACCAACUCAACUCACCACCUUCUCCAACCAACUCACCAACCUCAUCAACUUCCCUAGUUUCAUUACCACUUCAAUCACCAGUCGCUCAUUACUUGACAGUGACCGCGGUUAAUAAAACAAAUAAUGCAAAUUGUAUAAUGCAAAAUAGUAUAAAGCAGAAUCAAUCUGUCAUGACGUGCCCGUAUAGUGAUGUAGUCGCUACUUUACUUGUCUACCAUCUUCUGCUUCACGAGGAUCCAACAUUUUGCAAAACUAUGCAGGAAAUUAAUCACGCUAAUACAUUAAUGGAAUACGUGAAAAUCAUGAAAAUGCCUGAAAAGUGUGUUCAGAAUCUGCCUAUAACUUAUUUCGACCCAAAUAACGUUAAUAAACUUCAUGUUUUCAACAACGUAAAGGCUACCAGCGAAUCCUCGACAUUUGUGAUGCUAAAAACUCAACUAAAGUCACAAAAUGAUGAUGAGUCUACAGAUGCACCAUUGGAUCUCCGCAUCGCCGAGGGGAAAAAUCAGUUUCAAUUUCAGUUAUUAGAUACAAAUUCAAAAACCACCGGCACCAAUAAACGGAAGGGUAAAGCGAUGAAAUUGGAACGUCGUGCGACGGAAGAGAACACGAAACCGGAACAAAAAGAAGUAGAAUCCUCCAGGUUUUCCAUAAUUAAUAGACCCGGUUUAUGCAGAGAAAAUCAGAAUAUUAAGGAUAGCAAAGUUAUGGCCGAUUCGAUCGGCACCGAGCAUAUAUGUCACUAUUGUGAGAUCACAUUUGGUGACAUUGUCAUGUAUACCAUGCAUAUGAAUUGUCACGGCUUCGAUAACCCUUAUACGUGCAAUAUGUGCGGUCAUCCAUGCACCGAUAAAUUUUCUUUUUUUCUUCAUAUUGCCCAAUCACAGCAUACGUAGAAGCGAUCAAUCAGACGGUAAUUGAGCGUGACGAGAAUCCUAAACGUCGCAAGCAAUUUAUCUAUGAAAAGGAAGAAGUAAACGAGAUAGGAAAAAAAUUUUUAAAUAAUAUCUAGAAUAUAAAUCUAGUCAAACAUGUCAAAUAUAUAAAUGCUUAUUUGAUAAGCACUUGCAUUUACGAAAUCGGUAAAUAUAUAAUUUUAAGGAAAAAUAAAUAUACAUAUAUAUAAUAUAUGUGCGUGUGUAUGUGUGUAUGCGUGUGUAUGUUUGUGUAUGUAUACAGGAGGUGUUAACAAAAAUUUCAGGGCAUUAUUAUAAUAAUAUAUAGUAUUUUGGGGAUCAGAUUGAUUAAAAAUCCCUCUUUUCUUUUGGACAAAGAAAUCUUAUUAACACUCUGUAUAUUCUCUCUAUCUAUAUACACAGAAAAUAUUGCUGACUAUCGUAUUUUUACAAUAAUUAGAUAAAUUCUAUCUAAUUUUCCAUGCAGAUAGAAAAGACAGAAAAGAAUUAUGCUGGGUUUAAUCUCUGUCCAAAAAGUUAAAUAGAUAUGACAAUACUGUGAUUUAGACACUGAGAUAACCUUUAUCUCAAUUUUUAUUUUUCUUUUUCUUUUGGAUUUUCUUCCUAUAUGUAUGUAUAUACAUAUAAUAUAUUAAAGAUUUCGAUACUUUGUCAGAUGAAUAAUAUACAUCUAUUAUUUAUAUUAGAUAAUCGACAAAUAUUAAAAAUAUCUUCCUAAUGCACAUUAUUUGCAUCAGUUUAUUUUCUUUACAAGUUGUGAGAUGAAUACUUUCAUUGAUAAAACAAAUUAUUGUUGCAAGCAAUA